AUGGCACUGAAUGGAGGAGCAAUAACCAAGAGGAAGCUAGUGAUAGUAGGCGACGGCGCAUGCGGCAAGACCUCGCUACUAUACGUCUUUACGCUCGGCGAGUUCCCCACCGAGUACCACCCCACCGUCUUUGAAAACUACGUGACCGACUGCCGCAUCGACGGCAAGCCCAUCCAGUUGGCGCUCUGGGAUACCGCUGGCCAAGAAGAAUACGAGCGCUUGCGGCCGUUGUCUUACUCCAACACCCACGUUGUCUUGAUUGCGUUCGCGAUCGACACGUUGGACUCGUUUGACAAUGUGCGGAGUAAAUGGGUCGAAGAAGUCAAGAAGUAUUGUCCGCGGGAAACGCCCUUCAUCUUGUGUGGGCUCAAGAAGGAUUUGAGGCGAAGUGAAAAGGACCCCGUUUUCGUUCAGCGCGAAAUGGGGGAGGCCAUGGCGAAGCUGAUUGGAGCACGCGCCUAUUUGGAGAGCUCGGCGUUGACUGGCGAGGGUGUCGAUGAUAUCUUUGAGUUUGCGGUGCGGUCGAGCUUGUUGAUUGAUAACAAGGCGAGCAAAGGUUGCUGCACCAUCAUUUGA